UUUGGUUCUUGUCUGGACAGAACACAUCGGACCACUGAGCACCAUGAAACUGUUACAGGAACCCGAGGAUGCGACCAGAAACAAAAAGUUGAUGAAGUCGCAGGUGGAGAAGCGUCGGAGGGAGCGGAUGAACCGCAGUCUGGAGCGUCUGAGGACCAUGUUGAUGGAGGAGAAACAGCCGCAGGGUGGAGGUCACAGGGUGGAGAAGGCGGAGAUCCUGGAGCACACGGUCCUGUUUCUGCAGAAGUCCGCCCCUGGACACCAGACAGCAGACCACGGAAGCCAGAAACACCCGUUUGAGGACGGCUUCACUGCGUGUCUGCAGAGAGCCGCUCAGUUCCUGGGGCCGCAGGGGAAGGGGCUGUGGCUCGGCCCGGCUCUGGACGCCACCUUGGUUCGGUUCGGCUCCGAUCCUGCGCAUUUCCAGAAGAUGAAGGCCGCCUCCAGCUCCCUGCCGCGGGCCAGGUCCCUGCUCCGGAUGCUGAGGCUCAAGUCCAGACACAAACCGCAGGGACAGGGCCCUGUCAGGACCAAGCCCCCCCCUCAGCCCUACCGCCUGACCCCUCAGGUCCCCAGAGCCCAACAGACGCAGAACCAGAACCAGCUCCGGGAAGACACACAGUCUCAGAGGGUCCUGGUCCACAAUCCUCUGUGGAGACCCUGGCCCUGAUCACCAAACUCACCCUGAACUUUAAAGACUAUGAAUCCUUCACAGUUCACUGGUGUCGUGUAUAUUGUUCCUGAAAAAAACAUUUUGCAUCAUAACCUUGUGAAUAAUGCCUGUGAUUUCUGAUCAUCGAACCGAACCGGUCCGUUCCAGGCUGUAAAUAACUUAUAACCGUCUCAUGUGUCCAUGUAUGUAUGUGUAUAGGGUAGACCCCUCUUGUUUAACGCUUCUCAGUGAGCUCAGUCAGGCACAGGGACUCGUCCACACUGGGACUGAGAGACGUGCUGCUGGAUCCGAACCGAGCCGAGCAGUCCCGAGUCCGCUGGUGCUGUGGGAGUUGAGAGGUGAGUAUCACAGGGAUGAGUUCAGACAUGCGCUAAGGCCUGUUCCAUCUGUCCCGUCUUCUUCUGCUGUGGUUCAGGUGUGUGGUACUGAAGUGGAUCAUGAUCGAGUGUCCGUCUGUCACAUUUCAGGUACCAGGUCUCAGAUUUGAGGGUGGGACAGCCCCCCCUUCUUCCCGCAUCGCCUUCACCCUGUGCCUUGGUGCCUGUUGGCAUCUCCAUGUACACUGUGUUUUUCAAAUAUGUACCAUGUCUAUUUUGCACACUAAUUUAUUCUUAAUGUCUCGCU